CCCCCCUUAGAAUUUGCGGCUUUUCGUUUGUUUUCGACAAACACGUUGUUUAUAAGAAUCAUUACAUAGAGUAGCGACAAUGGCCACUGAAGAGGCCAUUCCUAGAAUCCAAUUGGGCGACUACAUAGUCAUCCAGCGGCAGAAGUAUACGAAGCUACAAAAGUUCGGCAGCCUGGACACCACGGCCACUUUGGGCAAAGAAACACUGGAGCUGAAGUCCCUUUUGGACCAACCCUAUGGGUCCACGUUCAAGAUGUGCGUCAAGGAGACAAAGCCAGGCAAAAGGGGUGCGCAGAGGCAACACACCCUGGAGCUGUGCAGCGAGACAGAGCUGCGAAGCACCCGUGAGGUUCUGGGAAUCUCCAGCAGUGGAGCGGAUAACCGGGACAUCUGCGAUGACGGGGAAGCGCAGACCCUGAAGCCAGAGGACAUUGCCCAACUGCGGGAGGAGGGCAACGACUCCAGCAAAAUCAUCGAGAAGCUUGUGGAGAAUUCAAAGACCUUCCACAACCGAACAGAGUACUCCCAGGAGAAGUACCUGCUAAAGAAGGAGAAAAAGUAUUUCGAGUUCGUUCAGAUCCGCCAGCCGACGAUCCGGCUGAUGCUGGACAUCUUUUACCGCCAAGACUCGGAGAAGGUUAUGGGCAUUCGCGUUGACACAUUGUCGCAGAUUAUUUCUUACUCGGGCGUCUGUGGUUUCGGAAGCUAUCUGCUGUACGAAAGUGGCACCAAUGGUCUACUGCCGGCGGCCAUGCUCAACUCCAUAGGCGCAGGCACAGAAGGCACCUUGGUGCACAUGCAUCCGGGAAAUGUGCCCCAGAAACAAGCGCUGUUAGCUUUAAAACUACCCCUGGAGCAGCAGCAGCGAUGCAUUUCCGUUAAUCUCUAUUCCGUCUUGAGAGAGUUCUACCAAGGAGAAGAGGCGAAGGUGACAGAAAUCCCGGCGGUGGAACCCAGUGAAAGUGAACCCCAGGAAACCCAGCCGGAGACGCCAACGGAGGAACAACCGGAGGCUGUAGAACCGAUCACAAAGAAACCCAAGCUGGAUGAGUCAAAGAAUGGUAGAGAAGGAGCAAAGGGACCUCCGCGGUGGCAUUUGGAAAAUAAGCGAGCCACAGCCCUAAUGCACGCUGAAUUCGACAGCCUGGUGGUGGCUGCCAAGGAGCACCCGUCCAGCAUUCUACAUGCGCUGCUGCCUCUUGUAAAACCAUCAAGACCCGUGGUAGUAUUCAGCACCUGCAAGGAGCUACUGCAAGAGACAUUCAUGGAGCUGAAAACCACAGGCAAGGUGACGGGUCUGCACUUGACCUCGAACUGGUUGCGCACCUACCAGAUCCUGCCCAACCGCACCCAUCCGGAAGUGAAUAUGAGCGGAAAUAGUGGCUACCUUUUGACAGGCUAUACGCUAAGAUAGUUGUUGUGCGACUAACAAAUACAUGUAAGCUUUUGUUUUGAUAA